CUGAAAUGAAAUAGAGUUUUGAUUGCAAAGUCUUGUUAUUGUUGCCUCUACCUCUCAAUAGGGGGGCCUCCCUCACUUCUUCUUCUUCUCCUUCUUCUUCUUUCUUCUUUUUCUUCUUCAAUAUCUCAUGGACAUAACCCUCUUCACUUCUCCUAAAGGACCUCAAUUCUCCCACACCUUCUUCUCUACCAAUAAUAAUGGUGAUCACAUAGUUCUAGACAUGAACAACAACAACAAUCAACAACCCCAACAUAGCCAUACUUCCACCAGUCGCUCAUCUGCAGACUCAGCAGGCGGUGUCGUUGGAUGCGCCGUCGAGCCCUAUGGCGAUGCCACGGGUAACAAAUGGGCAUCAAAGCUUCUUAAAGAAUGCGCUAGAGCCAUCUCCGACAAGGACUCUAGCAAAAUUCAUCACCUUCUAUGGAUGUUAAACGAGCUCGCUUCACCCUAUGGAGAUUGUGAUCAGAAAUUAGCUUCUUAUUUCCUCCAAGCCCUCUUCUGUAAGGCGACGGAAUCCGGGCAACGUUGCUACAAAACCCUAACGUCUGUCGCCGAAAAGAGCAACUCCUUCGACUCUGCCCGCAAAUUGAUCCUCAAGUUUCAGGAGGUAAGUCCAUGGACAACGUUUGGUCACGUCGCGUCCAACGGUGCAAUUUUAGAGGCUUUGGAAGGAGAAACGAAACUUCACAUAAUCGAUAUCAGUGACACGCUGUGCACCCAAUGGCCGACGUUGCUGGAAGCUUUAGCCACGAGAAACGACGAAACUCCUCACCUGAAACUCACCGUCGUGGUGACUGCAAGCAUCGUGCGAUCAGUGAUGAAAGAGAUUGGACAAAGAAUGGAGAAGUUCGCUCGCUUAAUGGGCGUCCCCUUCGAGUUCAAUGUGAUAAGCGGGCUAAAUCAUAUAGGAGAGUUAACGAAAGAAACAUUAGGAGUCAAAGACGACGAAGCCAUUGCUGUGAAUUGCAUAGGCGCGAUGAGGAGAGUCGCCAUAGACGAAAGAGAGAGUGUAAUUCAAAUGUUUCAUUCACUCGGAGCUAAAAUCGUGACGAUUGUCGAAGAAGAAGCUGAUUUCACAAGCUCAAGAUAUGAUUUCGUCAAGUGUUUUGAAGAAUGCCUCAGAUACUACACAUUGUAUUUCGAGAUGCUAGAAGAGAGCUUCUCCGCGACGAGCAACGAAAGAUUAAUGUUAGAAAGGGAAUGUUCGAGGAGCAUAGUUAGGGUUUUGGCGUGCGAAGAAGAUGAUGAUCAUGAAAAUUAUGGAGAAAAAUGUGAAAGGAGAGAAAGAGGAAGGCAAUGGAGUGAAAAAUUCAAGGCGAACUUUUUGCCAUCCGGGUUCAGUGACGAUGUUGUGGAUGAUGUUAAGGCAUUAUUGAAGAGAUACAAAGCUGGAUGGGCAUUGGUAACGUUACCACAACAACAAGGUGGAGAUAAUAAUAAUACUAAUAAUCACCAUGAAAAUUCAGGAAUUUAUUUGACAUGGAAGGAGGAACCAGUGGUGUGGGCAUCAGCAUGGAAACCCUAAUUAGAAUUUCAUGAAUUUUUUUUGAUGAUGAUGAAUAUUUCUGAAGAUCUUAUUAUAAAUUUUUCAUGCAUAUUUGUAGUAGUUUUUAAUUAUUUAAGUGUUGGAUCGAUCGAUCCAUGCAUUUUUCAUUUUAUUAGUAUUAAGGGUUUAUGUUUGGGAGUUUGUGUGGGUUUUGUUUUGUUUUUAGAUGAUUGUUAUUGUUUGAAGGUGUUUGAAACUUAUGCUUCU